UGGUGAUUUACAAAUCAAGUUAAAAUGUCCCCAGAAGUGGCCUUGAACCGAAUUUCUCCAAUGCUCUCCCCGUUCAUAUCUAGCGUGGUACGGAAUGGAAAAGUGGGACUGGAUGCUACAAACUGUUUGAGGAUAACUGACUUGAAAUCUGGCUGCACAUCAUUGACUCCUGGACCCAAUUGUGACCGAUUUAAACUGCACAUACCAUAUGCAGGGGAGACAUUAAAAUUGGUCUUUUAUUUAUGGCUUCUACAGAAUCUCGCCUCCUGGAAUCCUUCAAAUCCUGAAUGUCUCUUACUUGUGGUGAAGGAACUUGUGCAACAGUAUCAUCAAUUUCAAUGUAGCCGCCUCCGUGAGAGCUCCCGCCUCAUGUUUGAAUACCAGACAUUACUGGAAGAGCCACAAUAUGGAGAGAACAUGGAAAUUUAUGCUGGGAAAAAAAACAACUGGACUGGUGAAUUUUCAGCUCGUUUCCUUUUGAAGUUGCCAGUGGAUUUCAGUAAUAUUCCCACAUACCUUCUCAAGGAUGUAAACGAAGACCCUGGAGAAGAUGUGGCCCUCCUUUCAGUCAGUUUUGAGGACACUGAAGCUACCCAAGUGUAUCCCAAGCUCUACUUGUCACCCCGAAUUGAGCAUGCACUUGGCGGCUCCUCAGCUCUUCAUAUCCCAGCUUUUCCAGGAGGAGGAUGUCUCAUUGAUUAUGUUCCUCAAGUGUGCCACCUGCUCACCAAUAAGGUGCAGUAUGUGAUUCAGGGAUAUCACAAAAGAAGAGAGUAUAUUGCUGCUUUCCUCAGCCACUUUGGCACAGGUGUCGUGGAAUAUGAUGCAGAAGGCUUUACAAAACUCACUCUGCUGCUGAUGUGGAAAGAUUUUUGUUUUCUUGUACACAUUGACCUGCCCCUGUUUUUUCCUCGAGACCAGCCAACUCUAACAUUUCAAUCCGUCUAUCACUUUACCAACAGCGGACAACUUUACUCCCAGGCCCAAAAAAAUUAUCCAUACAGCCCCAGAUGGGAUGGAAAUGAAAUGGCCAAAAGAGCAAAGGCUUAUUUCAAAACCUUUGUCCCUCAGUUCCAGGAGGCAGCGUUUGCCAAUGGAAAGCUCUAGGAAACACCAGUCUUGAGCAGUGGCCAGCCAGACUGCUCUGUCCACAUGGUGUCAGCACAUACGGCCGCUUCCUGGAAGCCACUUGGAAUGUCUUCAUGGCAGCGCUCUGCUCACACUGCAGCUCCGCACAGCCCAGACAGCCCUGAUUCCGCCAGACCCCGACUUGAGCUGGCUGGCGGCACCUGAAUCCUAGAGCCCCUCACUUUCCGGGUUGCUCCCUCUUUCUUUCCUUUAUUAUAUUUCCUAGUUGAAAGAAAUAAACUCAUAAAUCACGAUGCAGUAAUUUUCCAGGGAAAGUAAGACGUCAGAAAUGCACACACCCUUCUUCCAAAGCCUUUGUCUCUGAGACUCCAAGUUUUAAGAUUAAACAUCCCUUGGUUUUUUUUUCCCCCUGAAA